UGCAUUUCUGGUGAUUUCAGUUUUGUCAAUUAGACUAGCCACCAAAAGUGUUUUUUUACGAAUUGUUUGAAUUAAUUAACCCCAAGUACCAUCUCGUGCAAAACCAAACGAAAUAAUGUGAAUCGUGUCCUUGCUUUGUGUAAUUUAUGCCCGUAUUUUCCAUUUGAGUGCCCUGUUGACAUUUGUUGGUGUCACCUAACCUCACAGUGUUAAAGGACGCGGCAAAAUGGCCCUCCGAACAUUCGGUGAAAAACCGAUAACUUUCCAAUUGGAGGAAAAUGGGGAGUAUUACUGUGUGGGCUCCGAGGUGGGGAACUACCUGCGCCUGUUCCGGGGUUCCCUCUACAAGAAAUACCCCGGAAUGUACCGCAGGUCAAUCACAAACGAGGAACGCAAACGCCUCAUCGAGCUGGGCUUGAGCCAGCACGUUCUGGCCAGCAGUGUCUCACUGCUUCGGGCCUCGGAAGUCGAGGAUAUCAUUGAGGGAAAUGACGAAAAGUAUAAGGCUGUUUCGGUGCACACUUCGGACCCGCCGAUGCCGAGGGAGAGUAAAUCGAAGAAGUCGAUGCAAUGGGUGCCCUCACUCCCAAACUCCAGUCAUUUGGACGCUGUGCCCCAAGCCACCCCGAUUAAUCGGAACAGAGUGGCGGCGAAGAAAGUUCGGACGUUUCCGUUAUGUUUUGAUGAUACUGAUCCAGAGCUGAAUAUGCAAAAUGCGGCACAAGGGGAGUUGUUGGUCCCGAUAAGGCUGGAUAUGGAAAUUGAGGGGCAGAAGCUGAGAGACACUUUCACGUGGAAUAAAAACGAGAGUCUCAUCACCCCCGAACAAUUCGCCGAAGUCCUCUGCGACGACCUAGACCUCAACCCCCUGACCUUCGUCCCCGCCAUAGCGCAAGCAAUCCGCCAACAAUUAGACGCAUUCCCGGCCGAACCUUCAGGAAUAAUCGAGGAAGGUUCGGACCAACGUGUCAUCAUCAAACUGAACAUACACGUGGGUAACACCUCGUUAGUCGACCAAGUCGAAUGGGACAUGUCCGAGAAACAAAACAAUCCGGAAGAAUUCGCAUUGACUCUUUGCUCGGAAUUGGGUCUGGGUGGGGAAUUUGUCACAGCGAUUGCGUAUUCGAUCAGAGGACAACUGUCCUGGCACCAGAGGACCUACGCCUACAGCGAGGCCCCCUUGCCCACGGUGGAGGUGCCCUUCAGGACGCCCAGCGAGAGCGACCAGUGGGCCCCCUUUCUGGAAACGCUCACCGACGCCGAAAUGGAGAAGAAGAUCAGGGAUCAGGACAGGAAUACGAGGAGGAUUCGGCGGCUGGCGAAUACGACUCCAGGGUGGUGAACAAGGUUGGUUUUAAGUAUUUACCAAAAAAAAUAUAUGAAUUUUAUCUUGAGUGAUUAAUAAAUGGAUGGAAAUGGA